AUGAGAGUGGCUGUGGAGAAGGAGAGGAGUAUUGAUGCCAGCACAGGGAAGGUGCCCCCUCCAGUGGCACCCAAACCUCGGGUCAUCCAAGAAGCCCCACAGAUUCUUCAAGCAGGGGGUAAGGGGGCCCAGCUGUUUGCCCGCAGGCAGAACCGCAUGAGUAUGUACGCAGUGGACGCUGCACCCUAUACCCCUUACCAGCAGGAUGUGACCUUACACAGUGCAGUCCAACCCCUUGACUCCACCCUCAUUCCUUCCCUUCCUCAGUUUAAAUACUCACCAAAUGUCCAUGCCCCUCCACCAAUUGGGUACAAUCCACUGCUAUCCCCUUCUAUCCCUACGGGCCCUCAGAGAAAUACAAGUAAGCCAGAAAGCAAAGGCAGAGGGCGUUCCCACAAAGAGGGCAUCAAAGCCCUGGAUGCCAUGAGAAGACAGCCCUACCAGCUCAACUCUGCCAUGUUCAGUUCUGCUACUAAUUUGUCACCCAUGCCUUCUUACCAGGCCCAGAGGCAACAGCAGGCUGACUACACAACAACAAUGGUGGGUAGUUCAUUAACGGCACCUAAGCAGAUCCCCAUCAAAAAAGCGCGUGUCUAUGAGAUCAAGAGAUUCUCCACACCCACUCCAAUGUCAGCGCCCACUCUGUCUCCCAAAGUCAUCGCACCUCGAUCAGCCACUACCCUCGGCGAACGUUUGACCGACUUUGGCAUGACCUCCCCACCUCUUGCACAUUUCACCCCAAGCCCAGCUUCACCUCCCUCUCAACCAGCUGGAUGGCCCAGCCUCCCAAAAUUCUCUGCCAUGCCUAUUCCAAACCCUGUGCUCCCUGUAGUCCCUACACCAUACAGUCCAGUAUCAUACACCACUGGGCUCCAGACAGCCAAGCAGUUCCAGAGCGCUCCUGAGCUCAGUAUCCUUUCGUCCUUGCCCCCAGUUCAGGCACCCAAACCACAUUUUGUUGCCACCAAAGGAGGAGUGCUGCCCCAUGUCUGGAGACCCGGGGCAAUGUGAACAGUAAUAAAUCAGUCAUUACCACACUUUGACAUCUACAUGUUCUAUUCAUUUAAUGCUGAUGCUAUUUAAUUAUUGAGAUAAUAAUAGUAAUAAUAAUUUUUAUUAAUUGGUUUGUUGUUUAAAGUCAAGCAAAAACACCAGAUUUAUUGUGUCCAGUUUCUCAAAUGUGGCAAACUUUCUUUUCUCUAAGGCUUUUGGAAAUUACAACAGACAGUUAAUUAAGGUUAAACACUGUAACAUAAGGUGAUGAAGUGAUUUGGUAUAGAGCAGAAAUCUAGAU